AUGGGUCUCCUUCGAAAGUGCAAAGAUAUUCUCCAAAUUGCAUUCCCAUCGAAGCAGAAAGCUCAGAAAUCCAAAGCGAAUGAUAUCGAGAACGGGAAAAUGGGACAGCAUGGAACUUCAGAAGCAUCCACGCAGCGCGUCUUAGUUGACGCGUACGGCCGACCUGAACUGGAUCCAAGCGACAAUCUGAAUCUCUUCCGGCAUCUCACUGGUAUCAUUUCACACCCGUCCAUGUCGCAUUCUGACACCUUUUUCUCUUCUGGUGGUCGACCUGCUCCGAAUCUGGGAAUAUAUGCUCGGGUAAUACACAACGAAGGGACAGCAAAAGUCGGAUACAAAUACUUUUCCUGGCUCAUAAAUGGAUGUUUGGGACUGCAGAUCGUAGUAGCGGCUGCAUUAACAGCGCUUGGAGCAGCAGGAGGCAGUCGAGGAGCCGUGACGGUUUUCGGCGCCAUCAAUACUGUCUUCGCUGGCAUCUUGACAUUCUUGAAAGGAUCAGGUUUACCAAAUCGUUUUAAGUAUUACCAGACGGAAUGGAAACGAGUCCGGGAAUUCAUUGAGCAAAGAGAACGAGAUUUCAGUCGUCCGGAUUGUAAUCUGGACGUUCAUGCCGUCGUGGCCAUGGUCGAGUCUAUGUAUGACGAGGUGAAAACAGAAUUGGAAGCGAGCACACCAGAUCGCUUUGCUGGCCACAACUCGGCACGAAAGUCACUUGUGCCACCCGAAGCUGCUCCUGUAUACAAGUUUCCCAGUAUGUCGCUGCCAAGGGUGGAAAGUGUUUUCGAGAAAGGCAAAGAGGUUGAAGCUGGUGUCGGCAGCAAAGUGAAGAACUUGGCUUCAGAGAUCGGCCACUAUGCGCAACAAGCCCGGGAGGUUGCCAAAGAUAUCCAGGCACACAAAGAUAACUUUGCUACGAAUGCGAGUAGAGAAGUCAAAGAGUAUGCAGACCGAGCGGAACGAAUCGAGCAUGCAUUUGGUGUCAAAGUUAAAGAUCUGGCGACGGAAAUCGAGGAGAGAGCACACAGCGGAGCGGGUGGUUCGCGAUGCUGA